AUGACCUUAAUGAGAGUAUCCUCGGAGUCAAAAGAACCCAUCGCCUGGAUGGCGGACCUUUUGAUCGUCCUGGUUCUCACGCAAACUGGUUACGCAGCGGUCUUUAGCAUCCACAAAUGCAUUCUUCCCCCGCCUGGUCUCAUUGGCGGUAUGGUCUACUUCUACUGGUUCACCUGGAUCGGCUUGCAGGCUCUCAGCCUCUUUACCAUGCGGCACGCUUUGCACGAAGACUGGUCGCAGGAUACCAAGGAGACACCAAUGGGGGAGGGCGUUGCGAUAUGGCACGGCUAG